AUGAACACGAUCAAUUUGCAAAAAAUUGUGGAGUGGAUCCAACAGCAAGUGGUAAAAAAACGGACAAAGAGGGAUUAUGACUUCAGUCGUGCCCAGCCAACUUACUUCAACGAUCCCAAGUGGCCAAGCAUGUGGUAUAUGCACUGCAGUGACAACACACAUCCCUGCCAAUCAGACAUGAACAUCGAAGGAGCCUGGAAGAGAGGCUACACGGGAAAGAACAUCGUUGUGACCAUCCUGGAUGAUGGCAUUGAGAGAACCCACCCGGAUCUGAUGCAGAACUACGAUGCUCUGGCGAGUUGUGACGUGAAUGGGAAUGACCUGGACCCAAUGCCUCGUUACGACGCAAGCAACGAGAACAAGCAUGGGACCCGCUGUGCUGGAGAAGUGGCAGCCGCAGCGAACAACUCUCACUGCACAGUCGGAAUUGCUUUCAAUGCCAAGAUCGGAGGGGUUCGGAUGCUGGAUGGAGAUGUCACGGACAUGGUUGAAGCGAAAUCGGUUAGCUUCAAUCCUCAGCACGUGCAUAUCUACAGUGCAAGCUGGGGCCCCGAUGAUGAUGGCAAGACCGUGGAUGGACCGGCUCCACUCACCCGACAGGCCUUUGAAAACGGCGUUAGAAUGGGGCGGAGAGGCCUCGGCUCUGUUUUUGUCUGGGCCUCGGGAAACGGUGGAAGGAGCAAAGACCAUUGUUCCUGUGAUGGAUACACCAACAGCAUCUACACCAUCUCCAUCAGCAGCACAGCUGAGAGUGGGAAGAAGCCUUGGUACCUGGAAGAAUGUUCGUCCACACUGGCCACCACCUACAGCAGCGGAGAGUCGUACGAUAAGAAAAUAAUUACUACGGAUCUGAGGCAGCGUUGCACGGACAACCACACUGGGACCUCGGCCUCGGCCCCCAUGGCCGCAGGCAUCAUUGCGUUGGCCCUGGAAGCCAAUCCGUUUCUGACCUGGAGAGACGUGCAGCAUGUUAUUGUCAGGACUUCCCGUGCGGGACAUUUGAACGCUAAUGACUGGAAAACCAAUGCUGCUGGUUUUAAGGUGAGCCACCUGUAUGGAUUUGGACUGAUGGAUGCGGAAGCCAUGGUGACGGAAGCAGAGAAGUGGACCACUGUUCCUCAGCAGCACGUGUGCGUGGAGAGCACAGACCGACAAAUCAAGACCAUCCGCCCCAACAGUGCAGUGCGCUCCAUCUACAAAGCUUCGGGCUGUUCUGAUAACCCCAACCACCACGUCAACUACCUGGAGCACGUAGUUGUGCGCAUAACCAUCACCCAUCCCAGGAGGGGAGACCUGGCCAUCUACCUGACCUCACCCUCAGGAACCAGGUCCCAGCUUUUGGCCAACAGGCUCUUUGAUCAUUCUAUGGAAGGAUUUAAAAACUGGGAGUUCAUGACCAUUCAUUGCUGGGGAGAGCGAGCCACCGGUGACUGGAUCCUUGAAGUUUACGAUACCCCCUCCCAGCUGAGGAACUUCAAGACUCCAGGGAAAUUGAAAGAAUGGUCUUUGGUCCUCUAUGGCACCUCCGUGCAGCCGUACUCACCAACCAAUGAGUUUCCUAAAGUAGAACGUGUCCGCUAUAGCCGAGUAGAAGACCCCACCGAUGACUAUGGUACCGAGGAUUAUGCAGGUCCCUGUGACCCUGAGUGCAGUGAGGUCGGCUGUGACGGGCCAGGACCAGACCACUGCAGUGACUGCUUAAACUACUACUACAAGCUGAAAAACAACACCAGGAUCUGUGUCUCCAGCUGCCCCUCUGGCCACUACCAUGCUGACAAGAAGCGAUGCAGAAAGUGUGCUCCCAACUGUGAGUCCUGCUUUGGGAGCCAUGGUGACCAGUGCCUGUCCUGUAAAUAUGGAUACUUCCUAAAUGAAGAAAUCAACAGCUGUGUUAUCCACUGCCCUGCUGGAUUAUACCCGGACACCAAGAAAAGUCUUUGCCGGAAAUGCAGUGAAAACUGCAAGACAUGUACUGAAUUCCACAACUGUACAGAAUGUAGGGAUGGGUUAAGCCUGCAGGGAUCCCGCUGCUCCAUCACCUGUGAGGACGGGCAGUACUUCAAUGGCCAGGACUGUCAGCCCUGUCACCGCUUCUGUGCCACCUGCGCUGGGCCGGGCGCUGACGGGUGUAUUAACUGCACGGAAGGCUACUUCAUGGAGGAUGGGAGAUGCGUGCAGAGCUGCAGUCUCAGCUACUACUUUGACCACUCUUCAGAGAACGGAUACAAAUCCUGCAAAAAAUGUGAUGCUACCUGUUUGACAUGCAAUGGUCCGGGGUUCAAGAACUGCACGAGCUGCCUCAGCGGCUAUCUCUUAGACUUAGGGACGUGUCAGAUGGGCGCCAUCUGCAAGGACGGAGAAUACAUUGAUGAACAUGGUCACUGCCAGGUCUGUGAAGCCUCGUGUGCCAAGUGCUGGGGGCCAACUCAGGAAGACUGCACUGACUGCCCCAUCACAAGGACUUUUGACAAUGGCCGCUGCAUUUUCAAGUGUCCCUCAGGGAAAUUUGAAUUUCAGAACGAAUGCCAUCCCUGCCACUACACUUGCCGAGAAUGCCAAGGAAAUGAGCCUUCCAGCUGCACUGCCUGUGGAGUAGAUAAGCAUGGCCAGGAGCGCUUCCUAUAUCAGGGGGAGUGUUGGGAGAGCUGCCCAACAGGCCACUACCCUGCCGAGGGGCACACCUGCCUGCCCUGCUCAGACAACUGUGAGCUUUGCCACAGCGCACACAUCUGUACACGAUGCAUGGGCGGCUACUUCAUAGUGCCCACCAACCAUACCUGCCAGAAGUUGGAGUGUGGACAAGAUAAUCCAGAAACCUGUACAUCAUGCACUCCGGGGUAUUACAUGUUUGAACACCACUGUUACAAGACCUGUCCUCAGAAGACCUACAGUGAAGAACCUGAAUGCAAAGCGUGUGAGACCAACUGCGGCAAUUGUGACCAGCAUCAGUGCUAUUGGUGUGAAGAAGGCUUCUUUCUCCUGGGUGGCUCUUGUGUGAGCACAUGUGGUCCUGGCUUCUAUGGCGACCCAGAGCUGGGCCAGUGUGAGCGCUGCCACCCAGCCUGCGUGACCUGCAGUGGCCCUGGCUACCAUCAGUGCAGCAGCUGCCGGGAAGGACUGCAGCUGCAACACGGGACGUGCUCGGAGCCUGCCCAGACCCAGGUGGAAGGCGAAUUCUGGAACGAGCCUGUGCCCACUGCAAGCCCAUCUUUGGUGAGGAGCCUGCCACAGAAGCGACGGCGGAAGUUUCAAAUCAAAAGAGACAUUAUGAGAGGACACCAGCCUUGUCAUCCUUCUUGUAAAACCUGCAAUGAAUCUAUGACCCUGUGCACUUCGUGUCCGAAAGGCACGUAUCUGCUGGCCCAGGCCUGUGUCUCCUCCUGUCCUGAAGGCACAUGGCCCUCGGCGAGGAGUGGCCACUGCGAGAACUGUAUGGAGGACUGUACCUCCUGCUCUGGAGCCCAUCUCUGCAGAACGUGCCGGACGGGGCUGGACUUCCCUCUCUUCCUCCACGAAGGCAGAUGCUACACCAGGUGCCCUGAGGGCUUCUAUGCAGAAGACAGCACAUGUGAGCAGUGUAGCUCUCCUUGCAAAACAUGCGAAGGAAACGCCACCACCUGCCACUCUUGCCAAGGAAGCCUCAUCCUGCACCAGGGAGCAUGCCGGGAAGCCUGCCCCGAGAGGCAUGUGGCCGUGGAGGGGGUGUGCAAGCAUUGCCCUGAGAUGUGUCAGGACUGCAUCCAUGAGAAGACAUGCAAAGAGUGUAUGCCUGGGUCCUUCCUGUACCAGGAUAUGUGUCAUCCAUCCUGUCCCCACGGCUUCUAUGCGGACAUACGCAAGUGUGUCCCCUGCCACGAAGACUGUCUGGAGUGUAGUGGCCCCUCAGCGGAUGACUGUGACCUCUGUGCCGAGCCAUCCCUGGUUCUCUAUGAUGGACAGUGUUUGGACGAAUGUCCAGUGGGAACUUACUAUGAAAAAGAGACUAAGGAUUGCAGAGAUUGCCACAAGUCCUGCCAGACCUGCUCAUCACCUGGGAUUUGCACGGCCUGUCAGGAGGGCCUUCUGGUCAACCACCACGGGGACUGCGUGCCUCACAAGGAAUGUGCCCCCAUUGAGUACUGGGAUGUGGAGGCUCUGGGAUGCAAGCCCUGCCAUGCUAAGUGCUUCCGCUGCACGGGGCCUGCCGAGGACCAGUGUCACACCUGCCAGAGGGACAACCUUCUUUUCAACAGGACCUGCGUGCAGGACUGCCCCGAGGGCUACUAUGCUGAUGAGGACAGCCACCAAUGUGUCCCCUGCCACAGCUCCUGCAGGACGUGUGAAGGGAGACACAGCACACAAUGCCUCUCCUGCCAACCAGGCUUGCUCCAGCUGGAAAAAGAGUGCCUGCUGCAGUGCCUGGAAGGAUACUACGCAGAAAUCUCCACAGGACGGUGCAAGAGGUGCAGCAAGAGCUGCAAGGCAUGCCGGGGCCCGCAGCCCACCGACUGCCUGUCUUGCGAUUCGUUUUUCUUUCUACUCCGCUCCAAGGGAGAGUGUCAUCGCAACUGCCCAGAGCAUUACUAUGCGGAGCAAGGCACACGGACGUGUGAGAGAUGCCACCCGACCUGCGACAAAUGCAAAGGAAAAGGAGCAUUGAAUUGCUUAUCCUGUGUGUGGAGUUACCACCUAGUGGGAGGAAUCUGCAUCUCGGACUGUCUGGUGGGGGAGUACAGAGUGGGAGAGUGUUCAGAGGAGUGUAUCCUUCAAGCAAGUGAAAUUGGGCCUGCGGGCAAACAGACCAAGAUAGCCCUGUUCAUCACCUCCUCCGUUAUGCUGGUGCUUCUGCUCGGGGCAGCUGUGAUUGUCUGGAGGAAAUCGCGGGGCCGAGUCCAGCCAGUAGCGAAGGCUGGCUAUGAGAAGCUGGCUAACCCUAGCAAGUCAUACGUUUCCUAUAAGAGCAGCCCCAGCUUUGAAGAGGAUCAGGUGAUUGAGUACAGGGACCGGGACUAUGAUGAGGAUGAUGAUGAUGACAUUGUCUACAUGGGCCAAGAUGGCACUGUUUACCGGAAAUUUAAGUAUGGGCUGCUGGAUGAUGAGGAGGAGGAUGAGCUGGAAUACGAUGACGAGAGCUACUCCUACCAGUAGACAAGAGGCCACCCGCCCCUCACCCUUCUCCAUUCCACUCACAGGCAUGCAUUCGAGCGUUACAGUUUUGGAGUUUUAUCCCCACACAUCAGGCUGAUGUGUGGGUGUUUGUCUUUGUCCUCUUAACCGUGAGUCCAACUAGAGUAUGUAAGAAUGCUGAAAUAAUUUGUUCUUCUUUUGAGUGGCUAAACUCAAUUAACCAUAACUGAGGAACAAGGAUAAAAUUCAGAGAGAUUUCCCUCAAAAUAAUAAGUCAAAAUACAGGAAGUGAAAAAAGUGAGAUUUGUACAUUUCAUGAGAUUAAAAAGUA